GAGAGAGAGAGAGAGAGAGAGAGAGAGAUGGGAGGAGUUGUAGGCAAAGCAGCAAAUGAUGUGGGAGUUUUCAUCGGAAAUGCAUUUGCAGCGCCGUUCAAAGCCAUUCUCGGAAGAUCCUGCGAGAAUGUAUGUACAGGACCAUGGGAUCUUGAAUGUUUCAUCGAACAUUUCUGCAUUCCAGAUCUCGCCAAGCUCCUUAUGAUCUCUGCCCUCUCCUUCCUUAGUAAAUCAUCUUUCUUCUUCCUCCUCUGCUUCUUCUAUCUACUUGUUGGCAUCCUUCUGAUUUUGUUCUCUCUUUUUUUUUUUUCUUUUCUUGCAGUUUUGAUGUUCUUCUACCUAUUGUUGAAGCUCGGAAUCUGCCAAUGCGCCGUUAAGAGCCUCUGCAAGAUGUCUUGCGCCGCUUGCGAGGCUUACUGUUGCACCAUUGGAGACAUUGUCUGUUUCUUAUGCCGCAAGUUACGGAACACGAAACGGGUUUACCGCAGGAGGAGGCGUUGGCACGACAUCGAAGCCAUGACCUACAGCUCGAGCGAAGAACUCGGGUUAUCUGACAGUUACAGUCCCAGAAACAUCAGUAGGAAGCGACGGAGAAGAAGAAGAAGAGGAGGAGGAGAAAGCGGAAAGACAGGGAUGGAGAGCGGCCGCUCUUACCACAACCGAAGCAGCAGUAGCCGGCAUCGCAUAAAACUGAGCAGAGAAGUUUCGGUUCGUAUCGGCGGGAAGUCCAGAAGAGGAAGAAGAAGCAGAAGAAGAAAGCUUGAAUUAGAGAGAAGGAAUAGCCGUGGGAGGAGGAAGGUCAAGGCCCUCAAGAAAAGGAGGGUCCAAAUGAGCAAAAUCUAACAUAUAGCUUCAAGACUAGGGUAGUAAUUUCGGGUUUCGAUUUGGAUUCAGAUUCAAUUAUUUCAAUUUUAGAAAAAAGAUUCACCGCGUAG